AUGGACAUCCACCGCUGCCGUUUUGUUCCUUUCCCAGCGUCCCCCAUCAACGCCCUCGCCUUCUCCCACCCCCUGCUGUCUGCCAAACGACAAGCUCGACUAGCGAUCGGCAGAGCGAACGGCGAUGUAGAGAUUUGGAACCCGCUGAACGGCAAUUGGUUCCACGAGACCACGAUACAUGGCGGACGCGAGAGAAGUGUUGACGCCCUGGUCUGGGUCACUGGGGAAGACGAGACGCUGCAGGACGGGAACGUCAUCGCAGGGAGGUCGAGACUGUUCAGCAUCGGUUACACAUCCACUGUCACCGAGUGGGACCUAGAGAAGGGGAAAGCCAGGAAACAUGCCAGCGGGCAGCACGGCGAGAUAUGGUGCCUUGCCGCACAGCCCGCACCCCCGAAGGAACCCCACAACGGCGUCGUUCCCGCCAGCCAGCCCCAAAGGCUGGUGGCCGGCACGAUAGAUGGGAGCAUUGUCCUGUACUCGAUCGAUGAUGACGACCUUCAAUUCCAACGAACACUGGUCAAGACUGCCAAGAAAAACAUCAGGAUGGUCAGCAUCGCUUUUCAAUCCCGGCAGGUAGCCGUUGUCGGCUGCUCAGACAGUUCCAUCCGCGUCUUCGAUCUGAGGAGAGGAGAGCUUCUGCGCAAGAUGACACUGGGUAAGGAUCUCAUCGGUGGCUCCAAGGACAUCAUCGUUUGGUCCAUCAAGUGUCUCAAGAACGGCGACAUUGUUUCUGGCGAUUCGACUGGCCAGAUCUGCAUCUGGGAUGGCAAGACCUACACCCAAGCGCAGAGAAUUCAAGGCCAUAAGUCCGAUGUCCUGAGUCUUGCGACAGGCGUGGAUGGGUUGACUAUCGUCAGUGGAGGAAUGGACCGGCGAACAGCUCUGUACCGUCCCAUGAAGAGCGACCCUUCUCGUUGGCAAAGGGUUUUCUACAGGAAAUACCACGACCACGAUGUUAAGACCAUGGCUUCUUUUGAAGGCCUGGGUAUGAGUGUUAUUGUGACUGCAGGACCCGAUGCCACUCCUGUCGUCACGCCGCUGCGCCAGGCUGGAGUAGAGAAUCAUCGAACACUCUCACAUCUACCCCAAUCUAUCCCGUUGCAAAGUGCGCCUCGAGCCCGCCUGAUCGUCGGCUGGUGGGAUCGGGAAGUGCAUAUCUGGAAACUACGUCGGCCGAUGAAGGAUCUCCUGGACAGCGACGAUGUCGAACAAAGCAUUGAGACCAAUCGCAAGCUGCUUGGCCGAAUCCUCAUCAAGGGAGAAUCGAACAUCACAUCAUGUUCCAUCAGCAGGGACGGCUCGAUGCUUGUUGUAUCCACAAUCACGGCCAUCAAGGCAUUCCAUCUCACAACAAGCGAUGAACUGAAAGAAGAAUUGAAGAUCCGCAAGAUUGAGGUGCCAUCGUCCAUUGAGAGCUCAGGGGCGACACUCGUUCAGAUCUCCCCUGAUGGCCGAUGGCUUGGCUGGAUCCAGGAGGGCAGCCAGGUCCGCAUCGCAAGAAUAACACAGGAGGAAUCGGGGAUCUCAAUACACCCGCGCCCUGCGAAAUUGAAUCGCUUGCGAAGAGACGUUCCCAAGCACGUGCGGUUAGGGGGUCUGGGCAAUUACGACAGACGCGUCACUCACAUCACAUUUUCACCGGACAGCAGUGUUCUCGCCACCGCCGACUUGGCAGGCUACGUCGACACAUGGAUCCUGCAUGACAGCAGCGUGCAGAAUGGCGCAGAACCGACAGACGACGAUGGCGCGUCCUCUUCAGAUUCGAGCGAUUCGUCAGACGAUGAGGACGUGUCAGAACCCGGCCCCGCCUGGAUUCGUAACCCUAAAGCUUCACUUUUCCCAAAACUGUCACAUGCGCCAGUAGUGCUGUCGUUCUCUAACGACGCCCUCGGGCCGAAACUCCGCGAGGAAGGCGAGGAAGGCCCAGACAAUUACAUCCUCUUGGCUAUCACGGCAGCCUCGCGCAUCUACACGUUCAAUCCUUUGGAGGGGUCGCUGACCAAGUGGUCGCGAAGAAACACCGUAUGGAAGCUGCCAGAAGAGAUACGAGCUACCCGCGACCUGAUUAAGGGUGUGGUGUGGCAAGGCUCCAGGAUCUGGAUGUACGGUACUUCGUUCCUCUUCAUGCUGGAUAUCUCGCUCGACUUCACAGAGCAAGAAUCAACCCCAUCGAAGAAGAACCGGAAACGUAAGCGAGGAGCCGACAGUGGUGCGGGAAGUAAGACGGAGGUUGGCGCACUCGCACCACAUCACGUACGCAUGUCACUUGCAGAAGACGGCAAGACUGGCCAGUGGGUAGACGUGGACAUGGCGGAUGCCGAGCCUCAGGCAGAUGGAACCGGAGAUGAGGAUGAAAAUGACAAUGCGGAUGAGGAGACUGAUGGCGGAGAACUAGAGAAGCUGCGCAAGCGUGAGCAGCGUGGGCGGUCAGAAGGGGAAGGAGAUGCGCCAGGCACUGAGGAGCAACGCAAGAAGUGGUGGCAUACGUACAAGUACCGGCCGAUACUUGGCGUUGUGCCACUGGAGAGUGAGGAUGGAGAAGGCAGGAUCAAUGGUGCAAAUGGCACUAGCACGAACAAGGCCCUAGAGAUACCAACGAUGGAGGUUGCGCUAGUUGAACGUCCGAAGUGGGACGUCGAUCUACCUGCGCAUUAUGUAGAGAAUUAA